UCCACCUCCAUCAAACCACCCAAAAGAUUCCUCUGGAUGAAUGAGCAGGAAAGAAGCUCUGCGAAAAGAAUGGAGAAAAUGAGAGAGGUAGCUGAUGCCUACUACAAGGCCGGGGCCGAAGACAUUAAGCAGCUGGCACACGACUUCUUCAAUUCCAUGGAUCUGAAUGGAGAUCGAAGAGUGAUCCUGCGCGAGUACUUGGCUUUCACGGAGAAGAGAGGCUACAUCCGAAUGAGCAAUCAAGAAUGGUUUCGAAAGCUUGACAAGGAUAGGAAAGGGAGUCUGGGUUUCCAUGAUGUGAUGACUCUGUGCUACAUAGUUAAGAGUGGGAGACCAUUUUGCAAAGGGUGUGGAGAAUUUAUGAGUGGAGUGUUCUUUACUUGUGUGAAAUGCUUCGACCACUCUCCUAGCUGCUUCUCUGUGUGUCUUCAAUGCUAUGAAAGCAAUAAUAUAGAGCAUGAGCACAAAGAAUUUUUGGAUAACUUCGCAUUGCUUGAAGCCAAGCGGAGGAAAUCCGAAUUUCCGGCACUGAGGGCCACAGCCGCACAAGUUCAGACUCUCCGCAAGGAUUCUCAUCCUCAAGGCCCUGAGAUAAUGAAGGAGCUGCGCCAGAUUGCUACGGCCUAUUGCAGAAGCACAUCAGAAGACAUUAAGGAGAAGGAGAAGAUACGCAAGUUUUUCAGCUCAAUGCAUUAUGGAAAUCAUGAACGCGUGGCCCUCCAUGAGUUCCUAGAGUUCAUGAGGCGGAAAGCCUACAAACACUUGACCAAUAAUAACCUGGAACUUGAGUUCAUGAAUACUCCAGAAUUCUUCAGGAAACUAGACAAAGAUAAAAAGGGACUCGACUUCUCCGAUGUAAAAACUCUUUACUAUAUCAUCCGAAGUGGAAGGCCAUUUUGCAAAGGCUGUGGGGAAUUUAUCGAGGGAAUGUUCUUCACCUGUGUCAGCUGCUUCGAGCGCGGUAGCACCUGCUUCUCUCUAUGCCUUCACUGUUACAAUGCCCAAAAGUUUAUCCACAGCGCCACCCACCAUCUGUUUUUGGAUAACUACGCUUUGCUUGAAGCCAUGAGGGAAACCGCUUGGAAAGCCAACAGACCAAAGACUCAUGUGAAGAAAAAAAAAACUUCAAAGGGAAGCACUUCUUCACCUGGUCGUAUUGUCCCAUUGAAUAACAAACUGCCUAAUUUCACUACAAAGCCAAACACUUCUUCUCUUGGUCCAAUUGUGCCAGUGAUUAAUAAGCUUACUGGUGCAAAGGCUGCAUUCGAAGCCUUGGAAGGAGCCUUGAAUGUGGCGAUCGCAGCUGCAAUGGUUGUUAAUGCUGUCUGUGUCAUUCUGUGAGAAAUCCAUUAGUAGUCAUUCUGCUCCAUCUCUAUUAGAGAUUUACUAAGCAUUAGAUUUGUGUAGGCUUGCUAAGCUAUAAUAAGGUACGUAUGAACAUCCACAGUUUGUGUUAUUCCUUUAAUGUGAUGUAUCUAUUUUAAGACGUUCAAAUGCCAUCAAAUGCUCAAGCAAGACAAUCAAGUACUCUAAGAUGGUUUAAGUGGUCUUUUUGGCGUCUUCAGGUAUUCUUAGGGUUCUUAAUUUUUCUAACUCUAUUUUUGGUUGUGAGGGUAUUUUGGUAAAUUUAGAUAUCUUGAAUACCAAAUUUUGGUUACAAAAAUUUGUAACAUGUUCCCUAGGGCUAUUGAAAAUUAUUUUAAUUUCCUUUUCCAA